CGGAAAGGGCUCUAGGAUAUGAUGGUUUCAGUCACUGCGUUGCUUCCUCUUAACAAUAAAGCUAGGCACUUCCUGCUAUGUGAUUAAUACAAGAGGAAGCAGCGACAGCAGUAGGAUUGAGAUCUAAAUGACUUCGCCGAGUCGAUUCAUAUCUAAUAGAAACACUAUUUCGAACUUCAUCACUCUUUUAGUCCAUCGUCACUCAAGUCGAUCCAGUUUUGGUGUUUUGGACUCGUAUCUUGGCCCGAUUUUGAACUCUUCGCUUUCAUACCAUAUUGUUGUCACCACUUUCUCUCGGACACCCGAGUUCUUAUACGUGCCAUCCAAUGUUGUCCCCAUGGACCCCGUCCCUACGGAUAGGGGGAUUCAAAGUACUCAUAAUUACACUCGUCCUCGGUUUACUCAUCACAUGUUGCCUUUUCAUCGGCUUCGCUCCAUUGACGUUUGAGACGAGCGAUCGGCCGGCCAAGGCCAAUGGGUCGUUGAUCGAGCAACAGAUCACUCAAACUCUCGAGUUAUUAAGUCAUCAUGAGAAGCGCAGUUUAGGGACGGGCGAUAUUGCACACAUGAUUCCCAGUGUUAUUUCGCACUUCCUUCCAGAUGCCGCGUCGUCGCUAGAUGCAGCGAUUGUGGGCGAUUUGAAUAAUCUCGCUUCGACUAUGAGCUUGCCCAGCACAGAACCCCCGGGUGGUGUGCCUUUCCUAGUAAUGGAUCAACCAUCACUGCCCCUUACAGCCCUACCGGAGCCGACCCGCUCUGAAAUCGCGGCGUUGGCGAAUAAAGUCGACGGUAUACUCGCCGAUAUUGCACCCCUGGUAGCACCGAGUUUUAUUCGCAAAAUAACUUCCGACGCCGAAGCUGUGGCGCAAUAUGCUGAAACGGUAGCCGCUGAUAUUGCGUCGGUGAUAGAUCGGGUUGGAGCUAAACAGCUACAAGCCCCCGACGCUUUAAACACCGUGCAAGCUUUAUUCGACGAAUUGAACUUAGCGGCCGACGAUAUCAUCCAGGACGUUACAGGAGACGCGUCGUCUGAACUCCCAGCGCCAGUAGUGGAUGAACUUUCCAAGGCUUUAAGCAAUGCUCUUGGUGGCAUAGCAGAUGUGACGAAUGGUCCUAUCUUAUUGGUUGGUAACCUCAUCAAGGACAAUGUGUGUAGCCGGGAAAUCAUUGUUGAUGGCGUGACCUCUAUGAUUGCUGGUCUCUGCGGAGGUAUAGAUUCGGCGAUAGCGGGAGAUGAUCCUCUGACGACAGAGGCGUCUGCAACCAACCCCUUUCAGACUUCCACCAGCCAGCCUCCAACCGCCACCGCAAUACCCCCAGUAGUCCCUCCCUCCACAACUCCGCGCUCCGGCGCUAACGCCCUGCCAACUCCCAGCCCAACUCCGACCGAAGCAGUGCAAUCAGGGGUACAAAAUGCACCCAUGACAACAGCUACAGGGGGUACGUAUGGAAGUAUCUGGAGUCAAAAGCAAAUUAUGACUGAUUGUUGUUGUUAGCCGACGGGAUAGCUACCGUAACGGAAAGUGUCACUAUUACAGACGGUUGCGCAUCAGCACCUACAGAGACGGUUUUCUUGUAAGUUAGUUACAACAUU